AUGCAUUAUUCGAUCGGAUCUCUCAAGAAUUUCUACACUGAACAAGAGCUGGCUACGUUCAUUACAAACGGGUUAAAGAAUCCCGAAACAGAGUCAGUCGCGGCGAAACUGAAAGUCCAUCUACUUCGACAUUGGUUCAAUGAUUUGAAGAGUCCACAAGAUGACGUUACAGCUUUCCAUGGGUAUGAGCAUUUGCGGUCUGACUACCUCGGCUACUGGAAGAAGGUGGGCUAUGGUAAUACAGUGGCGCCUUCUGACCAAAUGCGUGCUAUUGUGUCUGUCGAGAAGUUUGAGGCAAAUCUGUUCACCGUGGUCACGACGAAUAACAUUAAGUACGGUACGCUGCUUCAAUCUUUUGCCAACUUUGUUGCUCAUGUAAAUUCGGAAAUCCGUGUUGAAACUCUCGAUCUGUUCGCGCUACUCUUCGCUCGGUUUGGUCAGCGUCACGUGGCCGAUAUUCUAACUAGUGGCGAUUCGACUUUAAUUGAUCGGACCAUCACACGCGCUCAGAACAGCCAAAUUCAGUUUUGGAUCAGAAAAAAGACGCUUCUGGACGAUGUGAUUAAAUCGAUCAAACUCGACAACGAAAAUGAAUUCACCUACUCGAGACUCAAGCUUUUUCUGAUGUAUAUUAGUGUCUACAAUGACACUUUUAAGUCGAAUACUGUCAUGCCAUACUCCGUUUUGGAGAAAUAUUACCAUCCACUCAUUCUUGCAAGUCUCCUUUAUGAGCUACCAAAAAGCUCAGAACUGGAAAAACUUGUGAAGCAGGUUGAAAUAGAUUUGGAAGAUUUCUUCGAACGCACGGAUUUGCCACCGGAGACAAUGUUUGGACUGCUCCCAUCCAGAUGUUACGAAAAAAAAGAGUUUGACCAAAUAACAAGGUUGUGGCUGGAAAGUGGGACUAAAUUCCAUAAAGAUCACCCCAGCACCACUUUUGAGCCGAUCAGGAUAUUAAACACAGUACACGAUGACGGUGCUUUGAUCGACAUGAUUCUUAUGGCAGCGAAGGACAAUGAUCUGAAGCACGUUGCUGAGGUACUGAAACGGGAUCUGUGGUCGAAGUGGACAAACGACUGGAAGCAUAAGCAUAAAUCACCUGACGUGGGUACUUCAAAUAACGUCAAAAGCAUGGUGAAAGACUAUCGGACGUGGUUAAAUACGAUCAGAUCAAGCAUGAGAGGGAAUUAUCGUCUUGAAGAGAACGUUAAAAAGGAAUUUGAACGUGGUAUAAUUCUCGACGAAGCACUGCGUGACGGCGUAUUAUUCCAGAAUAUUGUUAUGAAGAUUGAAGAGCUCAACAAAAAUCAUAUUGGUGAGCCGUUGGGCGUAUAUGCGAUAUUAGAGACUCUCUUUGACGUGGGUAGUGUGUUCAGACUGGCGUAUCCAAUUAAAGUGGAAGGUAGAAGUCCGCAUUUUGAAGCUGUUAUUGAGCAACUUCAGGUCGAUCAGGCGCGGUUUUGGUUUAGAACACCUUCGAAUCCGGCUAAAUUUCUCGAUCAGUUUGAUCUUGAUUUAGACUCGAAAAGUCCUGCUGCUUUAGUUCGUUUCAAAGCGUUUGUGCAGCACUCGCUCGAAUAUAAUACAGAAAUCAAAGCUGCGACCAGCACGCUGGAGAUUUUAAGAGCUCGUUACGACAACAAUGCCCUUGAUGCAUUUUUGCGUGAAGCAAGUGGAAUUGACUCACCCAAUUGGGAAUGGAAAAACAGUACAUGUUUGUUCAGAUCAUGA